AUGUCUGAAAGUGGUACUCCUGAUGAUUAAGAGGAUGAUUAAUAGUAAAGGAUUUAAGAUGAAAUUGUUGAGUAGGAUGAAUAAGAUGUAAAUCCAGUUGGGGUUGCAUAGAAAGCAAACUUAGAUAGAGAUAUAAGAAAGUAGCAUUUUUUUACAAUAAGUACCAUAUCCCGAGGAAGAUUUAAAAAUGGUUAAGCUAAAAGUAAGAAAAUUCUUUAAUUACACAAGCCUUAUCCUAAGAGCAGUCAAUUGGAAGCAAUUUUUAAUUAAUAUAAAAGAAUUUAGCAAUUAAAGCCUUCAGAAGAUGAAGUGUUUUUAAAAUUAGAGGAUUAACAAUUUUAAAAGGAGAGGAAGUUUACAAUAUCGGAAGUUAGAGCUCUGAGGAAGGAGAGGAAUCAUAAAUAUUUUAAAUAUUUAAUUGAAGUUAGAAAAAAUUUUGUGAGUGAUGAACUGUUUUCUAAGUUUAGAAAAAAGGUGAAAGUUUUUAGUUUUGAUGAGAAUGCAGCCAAUAAGGAAAAGUAGAAUGAAAAUUCUAUUGAUGAAUCCGUCGAGAAAGAGAGUGAUGUCUUUUCCAAUUAUUCUGAGUUUUAUUGA